UUUGCACUUGCCCAAAUAUAAACUAAGCUUCUUGGCACAGGGACAAACUGCAGUGGGGAGGAGUCUGACACAUUGAAGUUAGUUCAGGACAGACUGAAGGACAAACAAGCAGGAAGAAGACUCUACAGAAGAAUAAGAGGAUAAUAUACUAUACAGUAUUGGUACUGCCUGCCUGCCUGAGGAACAAUGUCUCUGUCUCCAGCCACCUUGGCCGCGCGUCGGGUGUUUGCUGCUGCCGCUGCUUCAAGCCAUGAAGGGGGAGCAAAGACGUGGAAAAUACUGACCUUUAUUUUGGCCUUACCGGGUGUCGGUGUCUGCAUGGCCAAUGCCUUCCUGAAGAUGAAGGCACACUCGCAUGAACAACCAGAGUUUGUGCCUUACACUCACCUGCGUAUCCGCACCAAGAAAUUUCCCUGGGGCGAUGGAAACCACACCCUGUUCCACAAUCCUCACACCAAUCCUUUGCCUGAUGGCUAUGAGAGCUCCCAUCACUGAGGGGAUCACACGCAUUUAUCAGCUGUUUUGCUUCAAUAUACAUGGGUUGAUUAUGGGCUACUGAGCAGAGGGUCCAAGUGGUGCACACAGACAGGAAUAAAAACGACUUUGUGCUGGA